AAAACCCAAAAAUUACUAACAUUAUGAUUAUCACAGAGGAGUUGCCAAUAUGAAUAAUCAGUAGCAAUUUUUAAUAGUCUUGAUAUAAACAUACACACACUUAGCCUGUUUUACAAACAUUCACAAGUGUCGUAUUCUGUUAUAAUGUUAGAUAUUUUUUCAAUCAGAACUAAAAUCGGAUAAUGAAGAGGUUAAAAAAAACUAUAUAGGAAGUCCUAGAAACACCUAGUUGAAGUUCUUGUCAUAGUAGCCAUGGUAAAGCCAUUUGAACAUUUUCUGAAUUUUAAUUAUAGACCAUUUGAGCUGAAAUCUUGCAUCCCAAUCGAAGUUUUUUCGAUUUUUUUUUACAGCACUGCCCAUGCUACAUAUAAAAUGUAAAGUUUCUUCGAAUUGCUCAGCAGAAUUAUUCUAAACCUUAAUUUUAGCUAUGUUAAGAUGUAGCCUCCUCACAAUGUCAUGGAUUUACUAGAUGAAUGCUUUUUCCAGGUUAGCAUGUUUAUAAUUAGCAACAAAGUUUGAAGGAAGUGACGAUGCAAUUGCUCUUUUGCAGUAAAUGUCAUGCAAAUAACUGCACCAUUGUACAUGUACAUUAUUGACACUUUCCUCAAAUAACUGCACCAUUGUGCAUUAUUGACACUUUCCUCAGAAUUGUUUCAUUUUGCUUUAAAGUGUAAAAAAAAAAGUCCUCCAGUGAAAAUGCCCUUUGAAAUGGAUUUUGGUAAACAUGGUCGGUAGAACCCACACAUGGCCUUCUAUUCAAAGGUUUAUAUCUUAGCAGUUCUCCCUGCUACAAAAGGGGCAAAUAAAGUUAUCCAGUGACGUAUCUUAAAAGGAGCAAAAGGGUCAUUAUAGAUGUACAUCAGUUUAGAGCAGUAAUAUGAUGUAUAAUAUUUCAUUUGCAAGUACAUUUGGUUAUCAUUACCUGUUAUCUUGCAACUUCUGAUACUGUAAAAGCGCAUAUUUUCGCUGGGUCAAAAUUUCGUGAAAUUGAAAUUUUGAGAAUGUUGUGAGGUUUAAUAUUCGCGAAAUUGUAAAAAUAGUAUCCUACAUGAAUUUGAAUUAUAUUAAUGGUGAAUAUUUACUAGAGGAUUAAUUUUUGCGAGAUGUAGGGCCUUGCAAAUAUACGGUAGCGAAAAUUAAACUCUCGCGAAAAUUUCUGCUUUUACAGUACAUAAUCUCAAGGACAACAUUUUGUACAUGUAAACAAAAGAUACAAACUUUUAAGAUAUUGCUUUUCUUACAUACUUUAUUUUAUAUAAUUGUAUUUUGCUGUUACGAAUCAUGGUGCAUUCUGUGCUAAUAGCCUGCACUUUGUUUUAUCUAAUACUGAUGUGUCAUUCAGAAGCUGUAAAUGAAGACGUAGUACAUGAUUUAAUAAAAAGGAUUGAUAUGCUGGAAAACAAAGGAAAGGCGCAGGAGAUGCUUAUCAAGAACCUUCAAGAAAGAGUGUACGAGGUUGGAAGCAAGAUCAACUUGGGGAAACAAGAAACUGAACAUAUCAAAGCUCUUAAUGAUAGAACAGAUGGAGAAAUCAAACUCGGAAGUAAUAAUGGUGAUGAAAUACAACAAAUUUCAGCCUCACAUAGGAAAAAAGUGAAGCGAAGUCAGAAUAGUAUUCUGACAGAUACAUUACUUAAUCCAGGCACUUACAGUACUGGUACUGUAGCGUUCCAUGCCACAAUAGACACAAAUACAGGCUGGCCUUAUGCAGUAUCUCAUCUAACAGUUGGUCAAGUUAUUGUCUUCGACUCUGUGAAACUCAAUGUAGGCGGAGGAUACCACCAAUCUACUGGAUUGUUUAUUGCACCAACUCCAGGAAUAUAUAUGUUUUCAGCUUCUGUGAUGACCAAAGGAGAAAUUUCAUUAAAUAUUGUGAAGAAUGGUGUUCCUUUGGCUGGUGUGUUUGCUGCUAGCAGACAACAGGGCUCUGUUACUAUAGUUACUGAACUGAAAGUUGGUGAUGAAAUGCUAGUUAGAGUACAGAGUCCAAAUGAUGCAUAUAUUUGGGGUGAUAGGCUCACAAGCUUUUCCGGAAGUUUGAUACAAUCUGUUUCAUAAUCUUAUGUUAUAUUGAUUUAUAUGAGUUACCGGUAUGUCAUACAAAUUUAGAAUUUUCACAAAUGGCAAUAUUUUCAAAAGGGAGAUGAUUAAUUUUUUGACCAACUCUGUGACUAUGGACUCUGAUAUGGCAUAGGUAUCCAUCUCUAGAUGUUUGUAUAAAACUGUCAACCCGAACACAAAGUUGUAAAAACAGUAAGACAUUAGCCAUUGUUCAAAAUAUUACUUCAGCUCAAAUUACAGAACAUAGGAUUGGCUUUUCAAAACAUUUCACGUGCUAAUGGUUAUAUGGUUGUGCAUUUUGAAAAUCUUAAUGAUAGAAGUAUACUGUUUCUAAACCAGUUAUAACAAACAUGUCAGUAUUUUAAGAAGAGUUUUGGCCUGAAUACUCUUACUUGGAAAUUUAUUUGUCACCAGAUUUUGCAAUAGUUACAUAUCUGAGGAUUUUAUCACAAAAAGGCUUUUAGUAUUUUUGUAUGUGCAAUAUUCAUAUAUCGGUAAACAUAGUGGUGGAGGAAAUUUAUCAAAAUUUCAGCUGUAACAGCACAUCUAAUUCUGGCACAUUACAUUCUUCUUGUCAAAGGAAUAAAAGAGUGCAUUGUUCUGCUCGAGCAUCAAGCCUUAUUUAGAUUAUCUGUAGUUAAUAGGAUCCAAAAUCAUUCUUUCCAGUGUUGUAAAUAUUAAUGAGGUGACUGUUCUGUCUGCACCAGGUUUUAUUUAGAACAGUCUGCAAAUGUUCUCAAUAUUCCAGAACACUAUUCUUUUCCACUCUACUGACUUAGUGUGCAGAAUGUUUGGAUAAGUCAAAGGAAUAUGGCCUAAGGGUGGUGUGUGUUUCUGUAAGAGUGGUUCCCUAUGCCGAGUGUAAGUUUGGCAAUCUAAGACAAUUAUUGGCUAUGUCUAAAAUUUGCCAAUACACAGUUCUUUUUUCCAGAAAUAAAUUACAAAGUUUGAGAA